AUGUCCCCGUCGCCCCUGACGGCCUACAGCAGCAACAAGUCGGCGUACGGCCUCCCGCCGGUCUCCUCUGGCGACGCGCCGCUCAGCGCCGAGCGCGCCAUGAUGGACGAGAUCCGCUCGAAACUCGAGCGCACGCAGCGUCGAUUGGCCCGCAAUGCGCCGAGCAGCGCGACGAGCGUCCCGUCGUCCAUGUCGCGCAAGAGCGUCUACAGCUCGUCGCCCUCGCCCAUCGAGCCCAGUAGUCGCCGCAGCAGCACCUUUCGCAGCCCUGCCGUCCCGUUUGACACUGCGCACUCUGGCGCGUCUUCAAGUCAAGCGCCGCGUCGUCAACACGCGUUGCCUUUGUCGUCGAAUCGUCGACCGUUCGGCCCAACGAGUACAACGACAACGUCGUCGUCCGCGGCAACGACUGACUUGGCGUCGUCCAUGCGAUACGCGCAGUACAAGAGCCGGUCCAAGUACGCCGCCAGUGCCGCGACGUUUGACACGGACCCAUUGAAUGGCGGCCCGCCGGUCAUGUCGACGCCGUACUUAGUGUACUCGAGCUCGCGCGUGCCCAUGUCGAACGGCAGCGCGCGUGCAGACGGCCCGAGCAGCCGCGAGGGGCGCGCCCCGCAGGCGCUGUCGACGGCCCCGUCGGCCCUGCGGUCGGGCAGCGCCGCGCGGCCGCCCAGUUCCCGCGUGCGGUUCCAAGGCCAUGAGGCACGCGACCGCCUCGACGCGGCGCCCGAAGACGACGCGGCGCGCGAGAGCGAACGGAAGCGGCGGCAGGCGCUCGUGAAGGAGCGGGAGGCGCGGCACGUGCGCCACCGCGAGCAGGAGCUCCAGCGGAGUUACGAGUCGGGGCCGCUGUCGCCGAUUGCGACGGCGACACGCGGCCGCCGCGCGGACAACCCGCCGAACUCGGCGAUUAAGCUCUCGGCGUACGACGCGAUGGCGCACUCGACCGUUGGCCAACGGCAGCGGCGCAGUUCGAUUGGCCCGUCGCCGCCCAAGUCGGACAUUCAGGUGGCGGCGUUCGACGAGGUGCGUCCGCGUCGCAGGAGUUCGCAGGACGCGGACGAGCACGAGGAGUUGGGGAGACGAGACGCAGUGGAUGCGAUGGCGAGAGGAGUGGCGACGGAGGCGGCUCGCGAGCGGGCGCACCGGGUGGCCGAGCAAGAACGGGUCAAGACCACGAGUGGAAAGGGCGCGCCAUUGCGUGUCGUCCCGAGGAGGGGAGUCGAGCGAGACGACGUCUACACCGAGUCGGACGACGACGGCGGCGACACGUCUGCGUACGAGACGGACGAUAGCUACGACUUUUCCGACUUUGACACCGACGCGACGGACGUGUCGUCGAGAAGACGCGUUGUUGCGCCGAACGCUCGUGCGGUGGAAGCAGCUGAUGGCGACGUCAUGGACCUUGGCGAGAAGAAGCGAGCGAACAAGUGCGAGCAGGUUGACGAGGACGAGGGCAGUGCAAGUUGUUCGACCACCGACUUGUCGACGGUGGAGGGAAGCGAAGAGGAGCUGCAGCCAGUGUCGAGACUGACUGCGAAGGACCUGGCGUUGCAUGCACUUGGUCGGGCCAGCACGCUUUCUGAUCUCGGCUCGCCAGUAUCGUCGCUGAACAGCAAUGGGGAAUCUGUGACGACAAAGCAGACAGCAGCACAGAAAGCAUGCACGCCUGCGCCCACGUCGUACACGCCGACGUCGUCUGCUUUUCCUUCAGCUCGUGCACUCGAGCGACGACCAGUGUCGGCCACGACAGGCCGUUUACGCGACAACCGGAUGGCACGGGCAACGCCGCCGACGUCUGUGUCGAGCUACGUCCGCCGAUCGCGAUCUCGAGCGCCCAUGGAUCUGAAGAACCACUUGCCGCCCUCGAUCGGCGUGCUAUCGGGAUUAUCGAGCGGAUCAUCGACCUUUUCGAUCGACCCGUCGUGCUUUUACGAGGUGACGUGGAAAUCGGGCGAGUUUGCGUUCUCCGUGCAACGCGUUUACACUGACGAGGACGAGUACGAGUUUGACGACCGCGCGGACGAACCUCAGCUGUUCUUGCGAAUGUUGUUGAACACGGAGCGCAGUGUGUGCAAAAGCUUUCGUGAUGUGCGUGUCGGUGACGUGCUGAUCCGCGUUGGCGACACGAACGUGUCGGAUCUUGGACUAGAGGGGUCCGGGACAGUGCUGACGAAGUUCUUUGCGAAGCUGAUGGCACAGACCCCGAUCCGACUCACGUUCCAGCGAAUGUCUCCGAGUGAUUGGGAAGGGGGUGUCGAACUGUGA